GUUGCACAAAAGUAGAAUUAAGACAUCCGGGAUAAAUGAUUCAGCUGAGCUCAAUAAAGCCAAAACAUGUGCGUCCAGGCUUAAUUGGUUGCACAAAGACCAAGCCAGGAUGAGCAGACACGGAUUCAUUAAGCCAGGUGAAACCAAUCCUGGAUAGGUGCACGCUCACGGCUCACUCAAAUAGACCCCGCCACAGAUCACAGAUUAACUGAUUUGCCAUGGCAACUAGAGCCGCACAUGGAGGCAUACGAGGAGGUAAAAGAUAUAAUUAAGAAGAAAGGCAACACCGCCACAGUGAUAAAGCAAAGAGAAAAAGCGUGGCAAAGUAUUGCAGACCGCCUGAAUGCAUUAAACAUGAACGGGCCAAAACGGACAUGGCAGCAGGUCAAAAUCAAAUACAAGAACAUUCUGCAGAAUGCAGUGAAAAAGAAUACCCACAGACAAGGCACGGGUGGUGGGUCACCAAAGGCUGACCUUACCCCAGCAGAGGACAUGGCCUUGGAGCUAAAUAAAGGCAGGCCCGUCUUAGAGGGGAUCACUGGGGGGAAAGAGACGAGCAUAGGUUCCUCCCAAGAUGCCACCCGCUUCAUUCAAGUGUCUGGCAGCACUGUGUUCCUGUUAGAGCCACCAGCACAAGCACCAGACGAUGCUGAUCCAGGUGAAAGCCCCAGUGCAGCAGCAACAGCACAUGAUGGAGACGAUGAUGAGGAGGAGACCAUCUCUCUGGAUUCCAGAAGGCAUGAGGACCCAGAUGCUAUACAGUGGGAAAACCAGCCUGGCAACAUAAGCUCACAAGCUAUCAGAAAGUUGUAUGGCAACCACCUCCGGCGCCAAAUAGAACUGGCAGACAUAGACAUUCAGUACAAGAAGAAAAAGCUAGAAAAUCUUGCACUGGAGUCCGAAAUAAAAAAGAGGACAAUUAGGAAACUGGACCUUGAAAUAAAAAAACUUGAGCGGGAGGUGAGAUAUGCCUUCAAUGUACACUGUAUGCUAACUGUAACACAAAUGUAUUAAUCAUUUUUCUUUCCUCCCCCAGCUCCAAGAAGAUGACACAGCUCAAAAUAAAAAUUAGGUAUAUUCUCGUAAAGUCAAGUGAGCCAUGACAUAUGAGCUCUUAUUGUGAGCACACAGGACGGUGGCAUCUUUCUAAGGUAUUUUUUAUUUUCACAGCAAUCAGUACAACCAAGUCAUCGUUAUAAGGCACCAGCCUCUUUUGCCCACCCCCCCGCAACAGGUGUGGCCACUAGCCUAUAUGAAGGCCCAAAAUUGUGUGUUCCUUUCUGCUCUGACAAUGGCAUGCCCAUUCUUGCGAGAUGUGGUGGAUGAAGAAGCACUUGUGCUGAGGAGAGCCUUCAGGCGAGAAAGGGUCUUCAGGGACCGGUUGGACCCACUGGCCUUCCCUGAUGACCAUCUAUAUGAAAGAUACAGGUUUUCUGCAGAUGGCAUCAGGUAUCUAUGCAGACUACUGGGUCCCAGGAUUAAGCACCGCACUGCACGGAGCCAUGCACUGAGUGUGGAGCAAAUGGUUUGUGUGGCCUUGCGCUUUUUUGCUAGUGGAGCCUUCCUGUACUCAGUGGGGGAUGCAGAACAGCUGAACAAGGCCACAAUUUGCCGCACAAUAAGGAGUGUGUGUCUGGCUAUCAAAGCAUUAGCAGAUGUCUUCAUCUCCUUCCCUGGCCACAGAAGACUCUGUGACAUGAAAGAGGAGUUCUAUAGGAUUGCAGGUUUCCCCAAUGUCAUUGGUGCAGUGGACUGCACACACAUAAGGAUAAAAGCCCCCUCAGGUGCCCAUGAGGCCGAUUUUGUGAAUAGGAAAUCCUUUCACAGCAUUAAUGUUCAGAUGGUCUGCAAUGCUGACUGUGUGAUCAGCAAUGUUGUGGCGAAAUGGCCUGGCUCAGUCCAUGACUCCAGAAUCUUUCGGGCCUCUGAAAUCUAUCAGUGCCUAUCACAAGGUGAAUUCUCUGGUGUGUUGCUGGGAGACCGGGGGUAUGGCUGCCAGCCUUUUCUCCUGACACCUUUCACAGACCCCCAGGAAGCACAGCAGGCCUACAACCAUGCCCAUGCCAGGACCAGGGCCAGAGUUGAAAUGACCUUUGGCCUCCUGAAGGCACCCUUUCACUGCCUUCACAAAUUAAGGGUCAACCCUGUUAGGGCAUGUGAUAUUACUGUGGGUUGUGCUGUCCUCCACAAUGUAGCCUGCCUGAGGAAGGAGAGGGCCCCCAGAGUGCCACCAGCCAUGGACUGGGACAAUCCGGCAAUCUUCCCUGAUGACGACAGUGGUCGGCUGCUGAGGGACCAAUAUGUGUUGAAUUAUUUUAGUUAGUAUGUGUGCUUUCAAUUUAGGUAAAAAAUGUCCUGUUGUGGCAGAGGAAAUAGGGUUUUUUUGGGUUGUUUUUUUUUUUUUAGGAAUUUGGCCUCAUGAUGUUUGUGCGGUAUACUGUGUGUAAUACAAGGCUGCAGGGAGGCUACUGCAUCCAUUCAUUUGUCUGUUCAGUUGAUGUGUAUGGAUUUGUCCUGCAUUUAUUUUAGUGUGCAGACAUGCAGGGUGUGUUAUAUACAUACCUUUGAAUGUGUAUGUAUCAUUUUGUAUAAUAUGCUUUGAUUCUGUGCUUUCCAUCUUGUAGAGUCACUGUGACUUCAGUUUCGAAAGGAGCUGAUAGUUUACCUGCUUUGUUUUGUCCUUAUUCAAUAAAGGAACAUAAUGUUACACAUUGUGUUUUUAUAUUCA